AUGAUGCCAGCUAGAAAGGUAAGUCGAAGAUCCCAAACAUCAGAAGAGCAAACUAUUAUUUCCUCCAUUAUAAACGAUGAUAAUGACAGCAAACAAUCCAGUCCUGCUAUUGAUACCCUUAACACCAUUACUACUAAUAGCAGAAGCGUAGAGACCGCUAAAGAGGUUUUAGCUAGAUUAGAAAAAUAUCGAAAAUACAAUAAAAUUGAUGAGAUUGAUGGUAAAACAACAACUACGAUUCAUAAGGAAGCUGACAAAGAGAAAAUUGUCAAAGUUUUUGCUAGAAAAUCAAAACAUACAGGCAUCACUAAGAGAAAGAAAUAUAAUGAUAAAUUUAAAAGACCUCUAUUUCAAGCUAAUAAUUCAACUUCAAUCCGCGAAAUAUCAAAUAUAUCGAAAAUAUCCAGCAACUUACAAAGUUUAAUCCAAAGCAUAAAAACGUCCAGAACUGAAAAUAAUCAAAUACUCAAAUUUAUAAGUGAUCAAUUUAUACCAACUCUUAAUAAAUUGGCUGAUGCAAAACAUGAAAAUUUAUCCUUGGACCAAGAAUCUACAGUUGUCCCAUGGAACUUAGAUGUUAUACACGACAUAUUAAAUGCUAGUGAAAAUAUAUCAGUGAGUAAUAGAUUAACUCAACAUAUAGCAUCAAAUUUAAACGAUAUAGACAUAAGCCACAUAAGUAUGAUACUCGAUAACGAUAAGGGCUUACACACAAAAGAUGUCCAAGACUUACUUAAUAUAACAUAUACUAAAGAACAAAGAGAAAAAGAUGCCAUACUAUUAAAUUUUGCUUUAAGCAAAAAAUUGAACCAAGAUAAGCUCAACAAUAAUUUAAAUACUAAUAAAGGUGGAAAUACUGAGAAAUACAUAAAUAACAAGCUUAAUUUUGAUGCAUGGGCCAUGAAGAGAAACAAAAAUAUUUCAAAAAAAAAUAUACCAUUUUUAUAA